UGGGACUUUAGAGGGUAUGUGACGGGCAAUGGUCCACACACUGCUAAGCCCAGACCAAAGAAUAGUGUCGACAGUACACACACAACUUCUGAUCAUAUGGCUACUAAGCACUAUAACGUACCGCAGAAGGAUAUCGUGCGCUCGGAUAUGGUGAACCGCAAAAGAGCGAAGUAUAGCGAGAAGGCACUUACCCUGGCCAAGCAUACACGCACCGUCAGAGCCAACACAACUACAGUCGAUGGGAACAACCCUGUUCAUAUCGGUCGCAAACCACAUAGAGAUGAGAAUAGGAAGUCUGGUAAUAGGAAAACAUAUCGAAGAUCGACAGUCUCAGUCAAAGAAUUGUUGCAGACAGCCAAGGGCACUAAAGAUUACGGUGAAGCGGGCCGAGUGGUGGAUGUGCUCCUUGAUAGUGGUACGUUACAAACGAAAGAUGGGCUGAAAGCACUCAACAUCUACAAACAAAGCAGACAGCCGCACAAGUGUUUAAGGACAUUAGAGUAUGUGCGUGCCAAAGGUGGCAGAUUAACGGCACUUCAUUACAAUCCUUGCAUUCAUGCGUUGAGUGCAAGCAGAAACUAUACAAAAGCACACUCAUUAUUCGAGGCGAUGCAGACGCAUGGUAUUGUUCCUACUGUGAUCACUUACACUACUGUGGUGCAGAUGUUUCUAAAGGAAGGGAACAUGGUAAAGGCUAUGGCCUUGUUUCAAGAUAUGUCGGUCGCGGGGGUUGAACCGAAUUUGUGGACAUACUCGGUGCUAAUGUCUGAGCUCAGUAAUUCUGGCCAAUGGGAAGCUGCGAUGAGAUUGUAUGAGGAGUUAGAAAGCAAAGGUCUUGAGCACAACACCGUCACGUGCAACGCCGCGUUAAAGGCCUGUGCAGAAGGGUUGCAAUGGGGUAGGGCGAUAUCUAUUUUCAAUCAAAUGGGCACGAAAGGUAUCGAACGGGAUACCAUCACUUACAAUAGUACAAUCUCAGCAUGCGCCAACGGUGGUCAGUGGGGCAAGGCUGUAGAAUUGUUUGAUGAGAUGGAAAGAAAGGAAUUGAACGAAAUACCAUCACCUACAGUAUGGAUCAAGGCUGUAGAAUUGUUUGAUGAGAUGAAAAAGAAAGAACUCGAACGGAAUAUCGUCACCUACAAUAGUACAAUCUCAGCAUGCGCGAACGGUGGUCAGUGGGCCAAGGCUGUAGAAUUGUUUGAUGAGAUGAAAAUAAAAGGUAUUGGCCGGGAUGUCUUUACGUAUAAUACGGCAAUAACCGCAUGUGAGAGGGGUGGUCAGUGGCAGAAGGCUGUCGCACUUUUCGACGAGAUGGCUGACAUUAAGGUUGAACGGAAUGAGGUCAGCUACAAUACCGUUGUCCAAGCACUUGGAGCACAUAGCAGAGGAUACGCUCGAGUUGAUUCAUUAUAUGAGGAGAUGAUUUUGAAAUUCGCAGCAUUUAAAAAGGAUUGGUCGGUAUUCAAUAGAACAAACAAACUAGACCUGCACAAUCAUUCAGUGUAUUUGGCACAAGCUGCUAUCCGUCGGCUACUCAGGAAGUUGCAAAAGCAAGGUGAUUCAAGGAGUGCUCAUAACGCGAAGCAGAAGAUCGUCAUCGUUGUGGGCAAAGGUAACAACAGCGUAGGAGAUACGGUGCUUCGGAAAGCAGUACAAGCACAACUGCAGGCUCUGGCACCUCCCAUAGCAUCUCACACGCUGCCAGACAAUCCGGGACGUUUGGGAUUAGUUCGAACCCACUUGGACAACUGGGUUGCGCAAAAUGCGAAAGUGAUACGGUAA